CGACCCUACUUCCGGAAACGAUCAUGAGACUCUGUAUCAGAACUCGCUGUCACAUGAUAGAUUAUAAAUAGACUACACACAUUGUCUAUAUAUUUUAUACAAGGAAGGACAGACAAGGACUGAUCAAGAUCACAUCUGCUUCGUCUAAAAGGGGCCAACGACCACUGAAAUGAGCUACCCACCGAAUUACCAACAACAGCCUGGGUACGGGACAACAGCCGGUUAUCCUCCCCCGGCAGGAGCCUACCCACCACCCCCUCCAGGCCAGUACCCACCAGGGCAAUACCCCGCCGGCCAAUACCCACCAGCUGGGCAAUAUCCCGCCGGCCAGUAUCCACCGCCCGGUCCAGUUUACCAACAGCCAACAACUGUUUACGUACAAGACGACCGAGCGCGCCGCCAAGCGGAAGCUGACAAAGAAGCCGCAGAAGAUUGUGCUAUGUUAGCCUGUUGUUGUGCAAUACUGUGCUGCUGCUUCGCCAAUUCCUGAACGAAUUCAUCAACGAAUCAUUAACUCAUUACCAUAACACGAUUGCCACUUGUUCAUUUCAAAAUAAGUGUGACGGGCCUUAUCAUAUAAAAUUGGGGUGUCACACGAAGAACUCCGAGGAUGACCUCUUCACGGAACAUAAUCAUCAGAAAUGCACACGAAGCAGUUAUUUGAGAAGUGAACUAGAUUAAAAUUAUUUAAUUUGUAAAAAUAAAGUGUCAUUUUUGUUCAAGAAACAAAUACAUGGGCCGUGUACCAAUGACACACGAACCAUACACACGUAAAGAAGUUUUGUUUUUUUUUACUUUGGAAAAGAAAUUUUGUCGUAAUUAAUUGACGUCAUAAUAAAUGACGUCAUGCGGACUAUUGAAUGGAUCUUUGGUGAUCGUCGCUAUCAAGGAAAGACAAUUAAAAAAAAAGCCAUUGGUUGGCACCCCUAUCAAGGAAAGACAAUUAAAAAAAACAUUGGUUGGCACCCCUAUCAAGGAAAGACAAUUAAAAAAACCCAUUGGUUGGCAUCCCUUUUUCAAGUCAUAUGAAAAAGAGAAGCAAACCCUGUUGUGAGUGAAGAGUUUGCUUGGAGCAGACACGUUUAUAUAUUACGAUAAUGAUUUGUUAUUUUGUUCAAAUCUUAUUGUUUUAUUUUGAAUAAAACUGAAACUAAAAACCUCAUG